AAUAUCGCGGAGGCAAAUCUAAGAAAGGUGGAGACUUCAGGAUAACUUCCUACACAGUACACUUAAAAAAAAGCACACCUUACUUCAACAACAGGCCGACAUUAAAACACAGCUGAAUGGAUUAAUAUCGCAAAUAAACUCGCUAACAAGCAAUUCACCAACACGGUUCCACGCGCAAUUAGGAUUUACUGCUAGCAUCCAGCCUGCUAGCUUACAUCAGCUACCAGGACGGGAGAUUGUACACAUCAGAUCAAGACGGUCCCGGAUCGAAGGACAGUAUGGUUGAUGUGGUGGUGGAGUACGAGUACAAAGCCCUCCACGAAGAUGAGUUGACCCUCAAGCUUGGAGACAUAAUAAAAAACGCACGAAGAAUCGAGGAUGAGGGAUGGAUGGAGGGAGAUCUCAACGGAAGACGAGGCCUCUUCCCUGACAACUUUGUAAAGGAGGUGAAAAAAGAGGAGCCAAAGCCCAAAGAGGAGCAAAAGGAAGUUAAAGAAUCAAAGGAGGUGAAAGAACAGUCUCUGAUACGGCGGCGAUCAUCUGGGAACGUAGCAAGCCUGGUGCAGAGGAUCAGUACCUAUGGCAUUCCAGCAGGAGGAAUGGGCUUCCAGCCCAACUCUCAACCUCGUGCCUCAAAAAAGAAACCCAAGAAGCGUCAGUGCAAAGUCCUGUUUGAAUACAUGCCUCAGAAUGAAGACGAGCUGGAACUGAAGCUUGGAGACAUUGUUGACAUCAACGAGGAGGUUGAGGAGGGCUGGUGGAGCGGAACCAUGAAUGGGAAGUCUGGACUGUUUCCUUCCAACUUCGUCAAAGAAAUAGAAUCAACCGAAGACCCCGAGACCAACAACCUUACAGACGAGCCAGAUAACAGAGAUGGCACCUCUAGCCCCACGUCCCCUCUCCCAGGCAACGGUGUCAUGGCUCAGCCAAAGAAAGUUAAAGGCAUCGGCUUUGGUGACAUCUUCAGAGAGGGCUCUGUAAAACUCCACAAAGUCCAAAAAGUGCCUUCUGAAAGUGAGGAAAAGAAAGAAAAACCAAUUCCAUCAUUACCAUCUGCCACAAAACCCACCCCUUUGAGCACUCUUGACCCACCUAAAGGAGAAAAAGAGGCAGAGAGCAAAGGAAAAGUAAAAGAAUACUGCAAGGCCACCUUUCCUUAUGAAGCUACUAACCAAGAUGAGCUGGAUUUAAAAGAGGGUGACAUCAUUCGUGUAUUGAGCAUGGGACAAUCCUCAAGUUCAUCAGUAAGACCAGCAGCACCAGGGCAGACUCCGGAUUCGGGAGAGCCAGGCUGGUGGAGAGGAGAGGUCAAUGGCAAACAGGGUGUUUUCCCAGACAACUUUGUGACUUUACUUUCUGAAACCGACAAAGAGACUCUAACAUCCAGAGGCUCCAUUAAAGCAUCUUUUAAACAGGAACCAGAAGAGAAGCCAAAGAAGCCACCACCACCAUCCAAAACUCCAGUCCUGAAACCAGAGGCCCCCAGUGUGGACAAAAAACAACCGCAGCCACGGACUGAGGAUAAAGUUGUCAAGCCCUUGCCAGAAAAACCCACCAAACCAGCUGCACCCAUUGUCCCACCCAAAAAACCUGUGCCUCCAAACAAGGGACUUCUGCGUCCUACUUCCAUGCACUCAAAACGGCCUGACUUACCUCUUGCACCAUCUGCACCAACUGCUAAGCAAGUAUACAACGGAGAAGUUCCCCACAUUCGACCAAAGUCAGAGUGCGAACCUUUACCCAGCAAGCCAAAAACAACCGUUGUGGAUGGCAGCGAGAAGAAUUCAGACAUGGUAGUCAAUCUCAUUAGUUUUGAUGACAUCUCUACCUCUGAGAAGUUAUCCCACCCUACUGCAAAUCGACCAAAGAUGCCUGGGAGAAGACUGCCUGGUAACAGAGGUCACUCUCCGAGCAAGGAGAUUAGCGAGAAAGCUGAGAAAACUGAGAAAGUGGAUGAAGCGGGUGUUGCGCCUUCCCCACAGAGUUUGUUGAAGACAUCCAUAUCAUCACACUUACCAUCUCCUGCACCUAAAGCUAGUCCAGCCACCCCAGUCAUAUCUGAGCCCAAACCAAAAGCUGACAAGGAGGAGGAGAAAUCUGAACUGGAAGACCUUAAAGCUCAGAUGAAGGAGCUUGUGCUCUCUGUAGAGUUACUGAAGACACAACAAAUGAGAGAGCUCCAUGAUCUCAGAAAAGAGUUGGAUGGUGAACGACUCAAACGGGUGGCCCUGCAGAUGGAGAUAGAUAAACUGAAGAAGAUUGUACAAUCAACGUGAAAUCUUGCUGGUCCGAUAGUUCCGCUGUCGUGUCUUGAGUGAAAAGUGACUCCAGAUGGAGGGACAGAUGUCAUAGAUGUAAUUUUUACACUCACUGGCACUGUUCCACAAAUUGUAAGAUUCACAUAUUUGCACAAAAGAGUUUUUCUAGGUUUAGAAAAGUGUAUUUACGACAGAUGUAUAUGUUGUUUGUUUUCCUUUCUUUUUUUGCCAACAAAAAAUUAUUGAGGCCUUAUUUACUACUGUGCUGGAUAUGCAAUCUCUGCACUGAUUGAGAAGUGCAGCAGAUAAUGCAUUUAAUACUACUGAGUGUAUAAAUGAUUAUGGGGGAUUAUGUUGUUUCUUAGAUUUUGUUUAAGAUAUGGGUUAGAUUUUAAAGAAAACCCCAAUUAUGAAAAAGUUGGGACAGGAUGGAAAAUGCUAAUAAAAACAAAAAUUUGUGAUUUGUAAAUUAUAUUCACCCUUUGCUGUAUUAAAAGCUCUACAGCUACACAUGUAUUACCCUGUGAAUUUUUAAAUGUACAGUAAUUUCAAAUCAUAUGAUUGCAACACACUCAAAAACAUUGGGACAGUCGAGUGUUUACCACUGUGAAACAUCACUAUUGCUUCUGUAAAGCAUUUGGGCACUGAAGACUCGUGUUUGUUAAGUUUAGAAAGUGAAACUUUACCCCAUUAAUCCAUUAUGAAGGUCUUUAGCUGCACAAUUGUACAGGGUCCUCAUUGCCAUCUAAUGCGCUUCAUAUCAUAAUGCGCCACACAUUCUCAAUUGGAGCUUGUGAGGACGGCAGGCAGGCCAGUCUAGCACCCGCACUCUCUGCUUACACAGCCAUGCACUUAAUGUAAACUGGGCAGUAUGUGGUUUAAAGUUAUCCUGCUGGAAAAUGCAGGGACCCUUUUUUAAAUGUGGACCCUUCGACUCUAAAAACAGUUCUACUUUCCAUCUAAGAUGAGACUGAGCCCAAAGAAGUUGGCAGUGCUUUUGGACAGUGUUGAUGUAGGGCUUCUGCUUUGCAUAGUAAUGUCUUAACUUGCAUCUGUGGAUGCAGCGGCGAGUGGUGUUGACUAACAAAGUUUUACUAAAGUUAUCUGAUGCCCAUGUUCAUGAUAUCCAUUACAGAUGAAUGACGGUUUUUAAACUGUGACGUCUGCGAGAUCAGAGGUCAAGUGCAUUCUGAAGUAAAUCCUUGAAUCUUUAAAUAUAUUGUGCACUCUAGAGGGUGAAAUGCCCAAUAUCCUUCCAAUUUAUCUUUGGGGGAACAUUGUUCUGAAAGUGCUGGAUUAUUUGCUGAAGCAUCUGGUGGCAAAUUGACAAGUCUUGAACUUGAAGGACUAGGCUGUUUUUCGAGGCUCCUUAUACAGUAUACAGUACUAUGACACAAUUGCCUCACCUGUUUAACAUCGCCUUGUUAUUUCAACUUGUCAAAUUAUUAUUAGUUUUAAAUUUCCCCUGUCUCAACUUUUUUGGAGUGUGUUGCAAUCAUCUGAUUUGAAAUUACUGUACAUUUUCACAAAAAAAAAAAAAACAAUACAA